AGAUGAGCGGGAUCCACAACGAGAAAAAGAAAAGAACAAAACGAGAAUGUUUGAUGGCUGAAGCCGAUCGAAGUCAUCCAAAUGUUGGAUCCGAGUACCAUCCUCCACCGUACAUUGUUGAACGAGUCCCCGUCGGGACUUUCCCCGAAACUAAGGGGAUUCGUUUUCGCCCAACUUUCUCGACCUCCGACCCAGCUGAUCCUGCUCUACCACCCUCCACUGACGCUAAAGGUUUUUGCAAGAAACGAGACGAAAAUUCACCCCUCGAUCACUCACAAAGAGAAGCGAAAGCGAUCAAAGCGACUCCAAUAAAUAUAAGUUUCAUCUUUGCUGAUCCGGUUGCCAAAAUUCCUGGGUUACAUCAAUAA